CCAACAUCUAACCCUGUGAUAUUGUGGUAGGGUGGGGGAAGAAAUCCCAAUUCCCCCCUAAAAAUGCAUUUUCAUCCCACUGCAUCCAUCUCCUCCCCUGGCAGGCUGCUUUGAUGCAGGGCUGGAGAACACCCUGGCACAUUGUCCCUAUCCUGGAUCAGGUGUUGGGGCUGGCAGACGGAGUGGAGGGAGGGAUGGAGCUCCCUGAGCAGGGAUUUCCAUGCUGGAGGAGCUUUGGCCAUCCUUCCCCAGAUGCUUUCCAGCUUUCUGCUGGGAAGGAGAAUGUCCUGGUGUUGCUGCACAAGGUAAGGGGUGGCUUUUACCCCAGAGAGUGUGGGAGCCUCCCUGGAAGGUCACUGCCUCGUGUGGAGUUGGCCCCUUGUCUGCCUGCAGCGGCUUCUUAGAUUUCAGCUGCAGAGCAACAGUUUUCAGGCUGAUGUCUGCAGAUCCAGGGGCUGCCAGAUUCCAGACCCAGCUCUGCAUGUGAGGAAUUGCUUCCAGAAAUCUUUCUGCUGGCCCCAGCUGAGCCACAAAGGGGGUGAUGCUGCAUCAGGCAGAAGGGAUGGAUUUAGGAUGCCCAUAAACUGGGGAGGGAUGUUGAAUUUGCUGCUGCUUCCUGCAGUGGUUGGGGCUAUUUCACUGUGUCACAUAUAUCCCUCCUCCUUUUUUGCUUGUGAAUAUUGAAUUUGGGGUACAAUAGCAAGAUCUAUCAGAAAGGGAAUCAGCCUCCUCAAGCUGGGGACUGGCUUGUGGCUGCUUGGGGAGCAGCACCCCAAUUUAGAAGCAUCUGCCUUCUUCCCAAGGCUUUUCCCAAGUGCUGGCAGGCCUGGGGUAAGGAGCAGGGCUUUGUGGUGGGAAGGAAUGAGUGUUCACCAUUUUCUAAGAGGCAGGGAAUGUUUACUGACCCUGUCGUGUUAUCCCUGAGCUGGCACCACAGGCCCAGAGCUGAGCAGGGAACCAAGACAAGCCCCAUGGCCCCAGCCAGGGUGUUGCUGGGAUUGAAUUUUUGGCUCUGGGAGGGCUGGAAAAACAUUAUAAAGAAAUGAACUGAGUGUGUUUGCAAAAGUCAAAACAGAAGGAGUUGCCCAGGGUAGGGUUCAGGAUGCACCCCAGAUCCUUGUGAGGUGUCACACUCAUGGGUUAAGGCUCUGGGAUUCCUGUUGCUGUGGUGUCUCCCAAAGUGUUCCCCAUUAUUGCUCCAGUGCUUUGAUCCAGUGUCCUGACAAAUAGCUGCCAUGGGGAAAAAAAAGUCAUCCUGGCUGAGAAGCCUUUCCUUUGUGCCCUGAAUUUCUGUCUUGGGGUGAGGGAUGCCCAGCCCUGCCAGGGAGAGGCUCAAGAUCUAGCACCUCGUGGUUUUUGAAGGGUAAAAGCUACAGUUUUUCUCUGCUACAAAAAAAAUGAAAGUAUACAGGGGAAAAGAGAAUUUUAUUUUGUAUCUGAGGGGGAGUUCAAACCCAAGAUUAAAGUGAGAUUAGGACAGCAAAUUGAGAUGCUUUGAACUCUGUUUUAGGGGCUUGGGGACUGUGUUGGGACCCUGAGGAGCCAGGCUUUGCAGCAGGGUAUUUCCAACCCGGCCUCAGCUACGUAUUUCCAGAUUCCGUUGAAUUCUGGAAAUUAUUUUGCUGUAAGAUGUGUCUGAGAGUGCAAGCUGAAUGGGGGAGGCUGGUGGCAUUUGAGGGGCCUUGCCAGGUGUGACUUCUGCUGAUAGCAGGCCAGGGCUGUGUCAGCUGUGACUCAGAACCCACCCCUAGGGAGUCAGUUGGAGCACGUGGCUGGAGACAAAAUCUUCUCUCUCCCACAGCUGCUUUGCAGUGCCUGGUUUUUGCUGUGCACAUGGCUGUAUACAAACAGGGCUUCUUACCAGGGUAGGUUGGAGCUGUGUUUGGGGUUAAAUCCCUCCAAAAGAACACAGGUUGAGCCCCCGGCAGGAGUGUGGUGUGUCUGCAAUGCUGCCUCCAUCUCUCAGAGAAUAAAAUGUCUGCCACGUCCAUCCCAGGAGCUCUUUGGGGACAGGAUGUGUGUGGCUUGCAGAGGUGACACUCAGCUCAGAGCUUGUCAUCUGCAGAGGUUGUGGUGUAGAAAAAGACCAUAUAUGUCCUGUUUCUGGGCUCUUUCUGGUGGGGAGACUGAAGUGCUGUGUCACCUGUGUGGGCAGCAUGGCUGGGCAGCCUCCCAAGAGGACAUUGGCAAUGGUGUCACACCUCUGUGCUGCUGGUGGCCCAGGAUCUGCAUCCCAGAGCCCUUCCCUUUGCAAAUGGAGGGCAAAGCUAUCUUUACUGGGCUACAGGAACCCGUCCUGUUCCCUGGCCUCACCUUGGUGCCAGGUGCUGUACCAUGUCCAGGUAGGACACUGCCAGCGUAACAAGCAUCCCAAGUCAGCCGCUCCCCGGCCUUGAGCUCGGGUGGCUCCUCUGCUUCCUGCAGCAGCCUGGUGAGGGAGAAGAGCUGGGAUAGCCCCACGUAUCCAGUCGCUGCCCACUGCACCCCUAGCAUGGAUUCCAAAGGCAACGUCCGAAGCGGAAACAAACCCGACGCCAAGGCCGCCAGCUCCGGGAAGCCGGAAAAACCCAACCCUGGGCCUGCCACGAAUGCAGACAAGAAGGAGGCCCCCAAAGAGCAGCCUGCUCCUGCCACGGCCACCAAGAAGGCAGGCGGUGACGCCGCCAUCGCCAACAACCACAGCAACCUGAAACCCAGCCCUGCCGCCACGGAGACGCAGGAGGCCAGCGGGCAGUCCCCUGACUCUGACCACAAGGGAAACAGCUCCGAGGAGUCCCCGGGCAGCUUCUUCGACAACAUGAAGCCCUUGAUCAUCGUGGGAGGAGUGGCGGUGGCCGCGCUGGCUGUGAUUGUGGGAGUGGCAUUCCUAGCCCGGAAAAAAUGAAGACCGAGACGGGGUGGGGAUGAGAAACCCAGCCCAGCUGUACAGCUCCUUUUGAGACAAAUGCAUGCAGAGAAAUUCUAUACAUAGCUAUAUAUAUAGAGAGCGAGCUAGAUAGGUCAACAACAAACACCAACUGCAACUCCAGGGUCUUGUUCAAGACGACUGUGGCAGUCUGACCCGCUGUGGGUAACUCCAUGCACUCAGUGUGUUCUUUCAUGUAAUAUAUCUUGGCUUAUACUGCUGUGUAUAGAUUACAGCUUCUCCUGAUCGGUGUAAAUGACGGUGUCCCCUCCCCUCCCCUGCUGUCCUCCCUGGGAGACACCCCCCCCUCCCCCCCCACCUUGCAGUCCCGUUUUCAAGUCCAAAGUGUUCUACGUCCCAUUCGGAGUCCCAAUUUGUGUUUUGGUUUCUGUUUGGUUCUGUUUGAACUUGGGCUGUGGUAAAGAAGAUGGAAGGGGAGUGCUAAGGCCGGGCUCUCCUGUCAUGCUGGGCUGGGGGUGUUUUUCCAGCGCCCCCCCAGGACAAGGGAAGCACAGGGGCAGUGGCAGGGGAGAGGCAGCUCCCUGACCCAAGAGCCACGGGUGAUCCCUAAUCGGUGUCUGUGUAUCUGCCCCUCAUCAUCCCACCUUGGAACAGCCGCCUGGGAAGUGCUCCAGAGGAACCAGGGCGGCUGUGGUGUGGCAGAGCCGAGUGUGAGCCUGGGAUGUCACAUCAGGUCACUCUUCUGGCUGAGCUGCCAGUGGGACAGUGACCAGAGGGGCUGUGCUGUGGCCCAGAGAAGUCCCAUUGCAGCCUUCAGGAUCCCAGGGCUCGCCAGGGUUACGUGGGCAGCGUUUGGAAUAGAGAGACUUUGUUUUGGAUCUAGUAUUUCCUAAAGUUAGGCUGGGCUUUGCAGGGUGCUGUGGGCUUAGUCCAAGCUCCCUCGAGGUUGGCUGGACUAUUUGUGUUCAUUUUUUGGGGCUUUGGAUAAGGCCUUUCACUGGAUUUUUUUUUUUUCCCCCACUGAAGGCUGUGGUCUCCCAGCACAUGGGAAGACAGGAAAAGGGGGAGACAUGAGCUGGUGUUAGGGGCAGAGAGGACCUGGGACCCCAUGAGAGUAACACUAACCUACCUGUUUAUACCAGGGAAACCCCCUUCAAGAGCCCAGGAGUCUGUCCUGGGUGGAUUGUUUGCCUCCCUCUUGUGACAGUAGUGGCAGGGAAUUGUAACUCCUCCACACUUUGGAAAUGGAAACAAAUUCUCAGCCCUCAGGAGCAGCCUGAUUUCAUGGGUGAGUACCUUGGCUCUAAAGCCAGACCUUGUGAGGGGGAGGAGAGAGGGUGUUUAGUGCUUUGGCCGAUGCUCAGCACUAAACAGCAAGGGGUGAGGAGCUCUGCCUCUGAAAGCUUCCAUUAGGCUUCUGUGGGCUGCUGCAAAGCAGUGUUACAAAAAUCCCUUACAUUUUGGGUUGAAGUUGGGUCAGGGAUUAGAUGAGGUCCAGUGGGAGCUCGGCAGCAGCCACAGCCCGUGGGCAGGGCAGGAGUGAUGAUUAGAAAGGGGCAGUGGCACAGGGGGGUGAGCUCUGUUACAGAGCCCAUCGUGCACCUUUAACUGAGAUAGAUGGAUGGAUUCAGGGGCUGCAGGGAGAGAGGGAGGUGUGCAUUCCUCGGGUGCUGCCUUUGCAGUGACUGCCUCUGGCACAGUCCCUGGAUGGAUGGGGGGGAUAUAACCUGACCUGGCAGUUCUGCUCUUGGCUCGUGUCUGUCUUAUUUACCUCCAAAUCUGACCUGCUGAAUGCACGUGGUCUUGGAAUGCAUGGCUACUCCUGUGGUGAGCUCAGAAAAUAUUCCCAAAGGUGUUUGGACUCUGGGAAUAUCAGACACUGUUCUGGUGCUGCUGGAAGUUGAUGCCUCCACCUUUGCCAGCAGAGAGACAGGAGCAGGUGUGUUGGGCUCACAGGAGUUUUGGGAAGCAGGGCUACAGCUCCAGGUGAGAUCCUGGUAGCCGAAAACACUCUUGGCAUGAGCUGUGGAUGUAUUCCCAGCAGCAGUGUGUCACUUGCAGCCUGGGGAAGGGUUAGAAGCAGGAGGGUCCUCCUCUCCCCUCAGAAGCACAACUUUGCAGGGAAAUUUUCACAGGGAGUUUUGCUAACGUUGCUCAGAAGGAAGAGAAAUCACCCCCUCCUGCUCUGGUUCAUGUUUUGCCACGCAGGGUAGUGAUUUUCAGACAGUGAUUUCUGUUUUCAAGAGAUGUUUCCACCUUUCCUGCCCCCUCCCUCCCUCUCAGCUCUGGCCUAGGAUUGUUUUCAGCAGUGUGUGGCAUUAGGCACAGCACCUGUCUGUUCUGUCCUGACCAGCACAGAUAGAUUGGGUGAGGAAAGUGAAGCACCUCCUCCACUCGAGUCUCCAGCUUUCCCUUCUAAAAUAUUUUUAUUUCCUUGUCUUCACCUUUGGCAACAGAAGAAGGGAAAAACAGUUCUCAGCCAAUGGCCUUAACUUUUCUCCAUCUCCAAACCCUGCCUGCCCUUAGAGCACUUGGAUGCAAGGCCACCAAUUCCAUCCAGAAGCACCACAGAGGUGGUGAUGGGGCUGCAGCUCCUCAUCAGGCACGCCGCUCAUUCGAGCCCUCCCUGCUCAGCAAACCUGGUAUGCUCUGUUUGUGAGGGGGUUUUGAACGGGGUCUGUCCUGUUCCCAAGGGAUUUUCCACUUCCUGUGAUCAGUCUGCUGUCGAGGUUCAGCACCUGGAAAACACCUGUCUGUGUUUGUGUGUGUGUGUGUGCCUUGAAGCACAUCCUUUGUGUGUGUGUGUGUGUGUGUAUACAAACCUUUGUGUUGCAUUGCUGCAGUCUGGGUGGGGGAGAGAAUCCAAGCUGGAGAUGCCCUUUCCUUCGUUCCCUGCAUUCACACCAAGUGUCCACGAUGUCUUUUCUGUGCCAUUCCCACCACGCCAUGCAGCUCCUGAAUUCCUUUCCAGUCCUGGUUUCUCCUCAGUGCAAGGGAUGUCUGGCUGGUGAAGUGCUGAGUGUAUGGUGUGCUCAGAGCCCCGAGCCCCUGCUCCCCUCCGGGUAGUCCUGUGGGCUCUUUGCUUUAAAAUGAGGCACUUUUAGACCAUCCUGGACUGUGCUGUAGUGCUUUUCCAAGUGUGGCUCUAGUGCUGAGCCGGGCAGAUCCAGCGUAGAUGCCGCAGCGCGCCGCAGCCCUGACUUGCAAACAGCUCCUGUCCUGCCUUACUGUGCCAGGCUGUGCAGUGCUUUUGUUCUGAGCCAAAAAUGUCCAGCGAGCACCAGGCCGAGGGAGCAAAUCCCCCUCUCUCAGCCCCAAACCUGUGGAAGCAGAAGGCUUUAAUGACUGACCUCGCUGUGCUAAAUAAAUAGUUGUCUUUUCUCGUACUGAGCACACGCCGUUAUUUGCUUGAUGUCCUUCUUUGUGUGGUUUUUGUGGUAUGAAGUCCUUCCAGUGACAUCUCCAUGGGGAGAGUGAAUUAACACUUAAAACUAAUCAGAGUCUGUGCUUGGGGUUUGAAGAGAUCUAGAUUGCUAGUUUACUCUUUUGAUCAAGUCGAUAAAUUAAAUAUUGGCAAAACUGGUUUCAGACCUUUCAGCUUCUCACCAAAACUCUCGAUCGAAUCACUGCACCCAAUCUCAAUCUCUUUUUAGGGAAUCGUAAAUUUUAGUUGAAUAUAAAGUUGUCAUUUUGCUGUCUUGGACAAUUCAGUAGAAGGUUUUUACUGCUUCUAUUUUAAGAGAGACAAAAUGGAUUAUGCUUCUGCUUCCUCUUCCUACUGAUUUAAUACCCUGUAGAUAAGUCCUGUUAUUCCUAACAGUGCUGCAGCAGGAUGAAAACAAAUCUGGCAGCCAGGGGAUUGUGCAGCAGCAUUUUGGGGAGGGUAAGAAUGCAUUCCUGUUUGCCUGGGGCUCACUUAAAGCACUCAACAGUCACUUGCCCUGAAGCAUUUCUUAAGGGGCUGGGUGAUAAACUAAACAUCCAUUUAUGUCUCUGAUGGACUAAACUUUGAAGGUUGAGACUUAGAAUACUGAAAACAAGGGGAAUUUUUCCACUGGCUUCACCAUGCUCUGCCCUUUGAGUUCUUGUUGGCACCAGGGAUAUGAUCACAGGUCAUCAUAAAAUCAUCUCAAUUACACAUUUAUUUUUCAAUUGACACAAAUGUUCCUUGGACUGAGUGAAAGGGAAGUCUCUUCUCUGAGGCAGCCCUGCUUAUACUGGCAUCAGGAUUUGUGUAUGAACAACAGCAGUGCAACCAAAAAGCCCCUGGAGCUGGUGAGAGAUGAUUUAUGCCUUAAAAUAUUCCCUACUUUUCCUGGAAAUGCUACUGGGGUUUAGAAUUCAGCGGCCUUCUAACUAUUCUUAGAAUUGCUUGAAAAUAACAGUGCUGAAGAUCGGAGAGGAAAAUGAUUCUUUGAGAAGUAAACCAAAAAAGGAAGGCAAUGAAAAAAUAUGUCUGAAAGGUGAAAUUCUUGGAAUUUUAAUCAGCUCCCUGGAAAGCUUCAAGUUGGUGAAGAUUCUAAGAGGGUACAAGGAACAGAGCAGAGAAGUGGAGAGAAAAAGCACUAUUCAGUUAUCUUAAUAGCUUUGGUAAGGACAUGCUAACUUUUAUAUCCUCUUCCCCCUUUUUCUUUCCUCAGAAAAAGGCAAAAAUGACGAGCUCUGGUGCCAUGCAAAUUAACCUCUGCUAAUUGCCUUUUCCAGAUGAAUUCCUGCUGGCUCUGAGCAAUGUUAAAGGAUUAGAAAAAUACCUGAAGUUUUCUAUAACCAACUUUGCAUGAUUCAGGGGAAUUGCCAGGACAUCAGGAGGGGCUGUGUUCCCUUUUCACGUUAUGACAAGGACUGCAAAUGCAGCCUGCUUGCACUUCCAUCCUCCUGGUCCUUCCUCCAUGCUGGAGCAGGAUUGCUGAUUCCCUUCCCAGGCCUUGCUGUGGUGUCAUUCCCUUCACCACAAAGCUGGGAGAGGUCUCUAGGGGCAGGAAGCAGCAUCACAUCAUGCUCAUGAGCUGGCUGCAGUUCUGCUGCACAGGGUGGGCACUUCCCACCACAAAGAGGAAUUGGCUUUGAUCUGGAGCCUAACAGUUCUGUAUUCCAGUAAAUUCUCCCUGCAGGACAUUGGAAUUGGGAAUAUUUCCUGCUAUUUACACUGGAGGUAUUUGGUUCUUUACUCUUUUGGGGAGAAAUCUGCUGAUGCUGAGGAUUUGUUGGCACAAUUUGGGUCUUAGGAGUGACACUUGGCUGACAGCCCCAAUAAGCCUUGGAGCCUGUGCCCCCAUCCAGCAACCCUUGGGGGUUUAAUCCACUGAAUAAAGUGGGUUUAUGAUAACUUCUUCCUAUUCUUUUUGAGACCAUCAGUCCAGCCCUAUAACCUGCUUUCCUUUUAAAAUCCUAAUUCCUGGGAUAUCUGUUCACACCAGAUCUUCAGCUGCUACAAACUAUGGGGUUCCAUUGGUUUCUGAUCUGAUUUAUUGCUUGUUCUUUCCACCUUCUUUGGCCACUGCACUGUAUUCCCUUUUCUUUCCCUACUUUCUUCCUGGGCAGCUCUGCAGAUGUGGCCUUUCCAUGGCCCAAUGCUGGGACAGAUUUUGGGUUGUCUAAGGCAGGUUUUUGGUGGUCCCCCCAAAAUACAGGCAGUGCUGUGUCACAGCAGGGAAUGUGUGGAGCUUUGAUCUGCCCUCACCUUUGAGGGUCUAAGUCUGCAAGAGGCUGAGAGUUUGCCUGCCACAGGAUUUGUGAUGGAUGACAAGUCCCCAGGAAGGUCCCUUCCUGUCCUUCCCUGUCAGUCAGGUGUGAGGUGUCCUGGCUGCUCGAGAGGGGCUGACAUGGUGUGAGCACACACUGCACUUGGCUGAGCCAGAGCUCCCUCAGCCCUCUGGAGCACCAAAAACAGAGGGAAAAGAGAAGUUUGAAGUCGAGGGCAUGUGCUUCUGCUGGCCUGGAAGGAUCAGCUGUUGUGCCAGGGGUGAGGGUGCAGGAAGUGCAAGGAUUGUCUCAUCUCAAUGAGCUGAUCAGGUGUCACUGAGUGAUAGGGAACUGUGGGACGUCUGAGCCUCUAAAAUUCUCAUUUCAUUCAAUUGACCAUAAUAGGCCUAAAAAUCCUGUGAGAGAUCAGAGCCUUUGGCUUUCCAAAUUCAUGAGUUUGGAUCUUCCUUGUGCUACAGCUCUGCUCCCUCCUCUGGACAGUGUGUGCUCGGAUAUGCAGCACUCUGGGACUUGUGCCCUCUGCACUGUGAUGUUCUUCAAAUUAAAAAGAUUUUUUUCUGCUGAAAAGCAUAACUUGGGUUAAACAGCCUUUGGACUGGCUGUUCCUAUUCCUCUUCUGGUUGUUCCCAGCUUGCAAUUCUCAAACAGUUCCAUCACUUUUCCAUUUCUCAGCCCCAGUGCAGCAUCCCAAGCCUGAAUGUAUAGGUUCUUUCUGUCUGUGUGAUGAUGCUGCAGCACCAAAGCUCCCACCAGGACAAGAGGAAUCUUUAUUCUCCUUUCCAACAGUCACAUCCUGCAUCAUAUCCCUGGUUCUGCCACGGCUGCUUCAAGCAGCCAAGCUUCUGGGGCAAGCUGAUGAGAACAAGGGUGCCACAAAAUUUUGUUUGGCUAAAAACCAACCAACCAACCAACCAACCAACCAACCAACCAACCAACCAACCAACCAACAUGGCAAUAAUUUGGCUUUUCUGAGUUUUAAGCAGCCCUUCAUAACCCUGGUGCCUUUUCCCAGGACUUUUUCAACUGAAGCCUUUAAAAGUUGCAGUUUCACCUCCCCAGGAAGCCAACUCUCUUCCAGUGCAGGUUGGCUAUCAGCUUGUGGAGGAACUAAAAUUUGAGGAAGGGAAACUGAAGGUCAGAUUACAGGGGAUUUUUAUUUUGGUUUUGGUUUGUUUGGAUUCUGUUACUUCUCCAGGGACUGAUCCAAAGCCCUCAGAAGUCAGACUGAAAUGCCUGCUGUUCCUUUGGAAGCCUCAGGCACCUUUCCAACGACGUUGGUGGGUUUUGAGUCAGCUCCUGAGUGUGUUUUCCAAACGACAGGAAUUUUCCAAGUGACACCUUGAUCCCUGUACAACCAGACCUGCUUGUCACUUACACAUCUUUACCUGUGUUCAACAGGUUUGGGGUUUUUUUUUUUGCUCUCAGAAACAAUAUGCUGCUAGACACAUUUCCUGGAGGGAAAUGGACACCUACCUACACACAAAGCUAUCCAGCUAAUUUAUACCUUGUUGAAUUUAUAAUCUUGUCUAUGCUUCUAUGGACACUUUGUAUGGGCUGCAGCUCAAAUCCUAAAAUAGUCAAGAAUUUUUUCCUUUCCCAUAUAGUAUUCUAUUUACUUUGACUUUGAAAACAAAAAAAGCGUAUAAAUGCAAUAAUGCAGGUAGACUAGAAAUACUAGAUUGAAAAUUUAAAGUAGUUUAGCUUGUCCCAUUGUGACUGACAGUGUUGUACGACACCCAACGCUGUACCCUGACAUUUUCCAGGCUUUCUCCGUAGCUGAAUCUAGUAUUAGCUUUGGAAACCCAUUGUGUGAGUGGUGGGUGGAUGGGUCGGAAUCGUGUGCUCUCUACACACUGUAUGUUACUCACAUCACAAGCUGUAUGGCCACUCCAUAUGCUGUGAAACUGUAAAUGAUUCCCAAAUACACCUGUAACUCUUACCAGGAUUGUGAGAAAUAAACUAUAUAUAGAUAUAUAUACA